AGCGUAGAAGUUGUUGUGUAUGAAAAACUGGGCAUAGGACAGGUGCAAUUUCUACAGUGUUGGCUGUAAAUCUGAGCUAAAGGCAUUACAUGUGAACAAUGCUUCUGAACGGCUUGAAAGUGGAAUUGCUCUAGGUGUUCAGCUUGCAAUACAAUUUAGCACGUUUUCUUGUUUAAGUGUCUAUCUGUGUUUUUCGUUUACUUCGAUCCAAAUGUCCGGGUUUCCAAUGCUGUACCCACUUACUCAAGUUUAGAUCUUACAUAUGUAUUUUUCAGAAUCGCAUUUUAAAUAUGAGAGUGCUUCCAGUCAUGAAUUCCACAGAUCUCGACUCACUUUUUCAGGUACCUUCCACCAACACUUCAUCUCUGUCAAUGCGUUUGCAGUCUAAAACCGUCGCCACUUCUGCGACCAUGUUUGCAGUGGGGGUCCUGGGUAACCUCAUCGCCAUCGUGGUCCUCUGCACAUCCAAGAAGGAACAGAAAGAGACCACUUUCUACAGCCUAGUCUGCGGAAUGGCCGUCACGGACCUCCUGGGGACCUGCUUCACCAGUCCCGUAGUCAUCGCUACCUAUGUGAUUAAUCGAUGGCCCGGAGGGGACUCGUUGUGCCAGUUCUUUUCGUUUUCCAUGCUGUUCUUCGGCUCUGCUGGCAUGUCUAUUCUCUGCGCAAUGGCUGUCGAGAGGUACCUAGCCAUAAACCAUGCCUACUUUUACUCCCACUACGUGGACAGGGCUAUGGCUAAAGUGGCGCUGAUGGCUGUCUAUUUAUUCAACGCGGUUCUGUGCGCCAUGCCAAGCUUCGGUUUCGGGAAACACGUAAGGCACUUUCCAGGCACCUGGUGCUUUUUGGACUGGAGGGCAUCGGAUGCGCUUUCUGCCUCAUAUUCUUAUCUGUACGCGGGAUUCACUGUGUUCCUGAUAGCCGUGACUGUGCUGUGUAACCUGGCUGUCUGCGGCUCGCUGGUGCGUAUGAGCCAGAGAGCACGGCUGGUGAGAGCAGAGGUAUCUGCACAAAACAACUCAAGACGCGGGCGCAGGUUUCCCCGGCUCGCCUCAGUUGCUUCAGCCACAGAAGUCCAAAUGUUUUGGUUGCUUAUUUUUAUGACUAGUAUUUUCCUGAUCUGUUCUAUCCCUUUGGUGGUGCAGAUAUUUAGGAACCAGCUCUACGGACCUGCAAACAUCUUAGCUGGGGGAAAGCCUGAUCAGCGCAGUGAUCUCAUGGCAAUCCGUUUCGCCUCCUUCAACCCCAUCCUGGACCCCUGGGUUUACAUCCUGUGCAGGAAGAACCUGCUGAUCAAGGGCUGCGAGCGGGUAAAGCGUACAGUGAGCAUCGCCAGGGAAGGCCAUGGUCGCAAAGUGGGCUGGACAAGCGGGCAACGAACACCGCCUUCGUGCAUCAACAGCAUCAGCACCAGCUACGCUUCCUUGCGGGGCCGUGAUGACAGAGACGAUGCCCCAAAACUGACCGAAACUAGGACUAAAUCUUUCACCGACUUCACCACUCAGCAGACCUGGGAUAUGGACAUGUCCAAGGCGAACUUUCAUCCCUUUAGCAUCCACCAGGAUGAGGGAGUUGAUUUUGAGAAAGAUACACCUGCCUCAACCAGUCCAGCGCAGGCUAAACCCCUCCUGUGCACUAUCAUCCAGAAGACCCCCACCCCCGAGAGCUGCCGAUGCGGGGGCAUCUCACAGUGCAGCGCAGCAGCACAGCAGAACCACGACAGACAGUUUGACAUUGUCACCUGCACUUUCAGCACGCCCAGCUCAUGCACGUCUGAAAAAUCUAUAUGAUAGAUUUGCAUUAUCAAGAACAAAAAAUUUUACAGGCACACACAAGUGAAAGUUUGGAGAGUUUUUGGAAUGUUAUAUUUGGGAGAUCAGACACUCUUCCUGUCAUAGUACUGUCCCAUCUGAUACCAGCUGCUAUAGAAGCUGAUUUGUGUAAGUAGUUAUUUUUAUUAUUGUGGUGUGGCAUAGCUGGUGAGUAGAGAACUGAAGCACAAUGCAGUUAAAGAACGUUGUCUUAGCUGUCUCAGCAUGUACUUGUGCAACACAGUGACACCGUGUCAAUCAUCCUCACAAAAAUGGCAAAGUAAUAAAAAAAAAAGUGUUCAUUUCACAUAAACUCAUCGCAUCCUUUUAUUCAAAGUGAUCAGUAAACAAUUUAGUGCUUUUGUAACCAAAGCACUACCAAAUUAAUACUUAGUAUUGAUAAUGAAAGUCACAUGACAAAGGGAUGGGAAAAAUCAGGACAAAAUAAGAGGAAUACACUUGGGUUGCUUCUGAUUUAUUUGAACAAGAGUCAACAGUGCAAGAACUGGCCAUUCCAGAGACAGAAGCAUGGGCUCCUAGUCACUCUGUUUUAUUCAUAGUUUAAACCUUGCAAAGUAAUAACUAUGUGAAACAACAGCACACAAGAAGACCGGUUUGAAUGGAAGAGAUUUCAUGAAGUGUUGUGCAUCUUCUGUUUUUGUGGCUUGACAUGGAAUGAAAAUAAGCUAAUUGUUCUGUUAAAUGACUGGUUAAUUGUUUUUUGAAGAUGCAUGCUGCAAUAUUGAGAUUUGUUGUCGUUGUUUAACUGGUAUUGUAUAGCAGCGGGCGGGGUCAAUAAAGCUGAUCGGUCACAAUAGCAUAUGAUUUCAGAAAGCAAAACACAUGGCAUGCUAUUGAGAAAAAUGAUCUUAAUAUCCGAGCAAUCAUACACAUGUAAGGGACGGGAAAAAAAUGUGCCCGUGAAUCCUUUAAUGAUGUGCAUUUAUUGCAUAAGGUGCAAUCAUGAAAUGUUGUGGUAUUUAUUUAAUUAACUUAUUUACAAAUUGCAAAGGGUGAGUUUAUGAGACCACUAAUGCACUAAUGAUAUAAUUUACAAUACCCGGUUGAUUGUAAACCUUAUGUAACAUUUACAGCAAAAAAAAAAAAAAAAAAGUUUUUUUUUUCUGACAAUUGUAAGAAAUGC